AGGUGGAAGAGGUUGCGCUGCUACACGUGAUAAGUCGGUGUUUUUAUUUGUAAUGAUCGACAAUUUUCGAGUGGAAUUUUUGUAAUUCAUUUGUUAAUUUGUACUUUCAUUUACAAAAUGAAACAAACAAAGGAAGAAAAUGAAAGCGAAGUCGACGUGGAUCAGGAUUUUCUGGACCGCGUUUUGAACAAGCUGUAUGAUUUUGGAGAUGCAGCCAACAGUAAGCGAUCAAACAAAAAGCAAAAAAAGAGAAAAAAGCAAACUGAUGUGGAAGAUGAUUAUACCAGUAAAAUAAAUGGUGAAAUGGAUGGAACAGAUUUGAGUCAAGAUGAAAUAAGAUGUACAUCGACAUCUGCAGAGCCCAAGACUGAGAGCGCAGGGGGAAAAAAAUCCAACGUAGAGGUUGUGACAUUUCAGGAUCCCCGGAAAAUAAAGAAAUUAAAAAGAGCAGCUGACCCCGAAGCUAAACCACCUGAAGUGACGGACAAAAGGAAAAAAGAUGCAGAUGAAUUUUUAACCAUAGAAAAGGCUCGGCUGGAUGUUCACCGCUUUGGAAUCACAGGGUUUCAGAAGCAGCAGCAGAGAGUUUUUGAACAGGACAGAGCCAUCAUGCUGGGAGCCAGGCCUCCGAAAAAGGAAUACGUGAAUUAUAAAUUAUACCAGCAAAUAAUCAAAGAGAAAAAGAUGAAAGAGAAGGAAGAGGCAACAUCAGAUACACAAAAAAAGAAGAGAACAUCAGGAAAGCAGAAAAAUGUGAAACGCAAAUCUGGCUCCUCUGGUGCGGAACCAUCAGGACAAGUCGGUCACUUCAAGAACGGGAUGCUGGUCCUGAGCUCUAAAGACAUUCAGAAAUUAAACAGCAAAGGGCAAAGACGAGCGAGAUAAGCAUGUGUGUGGAAGAUUUUCUGUGCUUCUUUGCCUUUUAUAGACCGACCUAAUUCCUCCACGUCUCAGCUCACCAGUUCCAGGACUAAACAGAGUGUAUCAUACGUGUGUGUCAUCAUGGAAUUUAGAAAUCGUGUUUUCCAGGCCUGGAAGAGUCCAAGCAAAUAAAUACAGAAAAAGCUCCUGGA